UUAUAUAUUCCAUAGUUUUACGGAUUUAUAAAUGAAUCCUGCGAAUUUUGCUAUUGCUGUUGGACUCUGCAGCAAACGUGGUCCGCAUUCAAUUGAACAUGGAAGUAGAACUAAACGAUAAUCGCUGGUUUUUACCAUGUUUUUACUGUUCGGAGGAUCCCCGUACUUGCGUUGUACAAACCGGACCUUGACUAACUGGAUUUUACACUCAUCUCUUAUAGCCGGCUUAUCAAAAAGCCACAAAAAUAACGAAUUAGUAUUAGUGCGAAUUGUUUACAGAAUGUUGCUGUAUUUUGUGCUUGGAUUCUUGUUGAAUUCCGUUCUGUGUCAAAAUGUAACGAACGAAACAAAUGUUAACGUAGAUGAUAUAGAUGACUUUUAUCCAAAUAUACAGUGGUCUGACGCAUUUGACUGGAAACUAUUAAAGACUUUAUCUAAUGAAUCUAGCAAUGUUUUGAUCUCACCCCUUAGCUUAAGACUAGUUCUUGCUAUUUUGUAUGAAGGAUCCAGUGGUGCUACUCAAAGAGAGUUCGAAAGUGUGCUUCGAUUCACACAAAAAGACACUUUGCGCGAAGAGUUCAAAAGUUCCCUCGAUGCACUUCAAAAUAGUACAGACGGCGAAAAUGUUCUUAAAAUUUGCACUAGCUUAUUUUUGGAUAGCUCCGUGGAAGCAAAAGAGAAAUAUGCUGAGACGAUUAAACAGUAUUAUUAUACUGAUUUAGUGCCAUCUAAUUUUUCUGAUCCCGAAUCAGCCAGUUCUCAGAUUAACGCAUGGGUUGAAGAAGCCACUUUAGGGCUGGUGUCGCAUUUAACACAGCCAGAGGAUUUAGAUGCUAUGACACUGUUACUUGCCAAUGCUGUAUAUUUCAAAGGUAUUUGGAGGUAUAAAUUUCCAAAAGAAAAUACAAAGGUAGAUAAAUUUUAUGUGUCUCCAGAACAGGCUAUUUAUAUACCUUUUAUGACUAUAACUGAACAGUUCUUCUAUUAUGAAUCUUCUGUGUUAGAUGCCAAAAUUUUACGUUUGCCAUAUAAGAGUAGUAAUAUCUCAAUGUUUAUUGUGCUACCACUAUCAAAAGGAGGCUUACCAGAACUCAUCAGGAAAAUAAAUUUGGUAGAUCUUCACCGAGAGCUUUUCCAAAUGAACAAAAAACUAAUCCAAGUGUCAAUUCCAAAAUUCCAAUUUAAGUUUAAGGCUAGCUACUAUAACUUACUGAAAGACUAUGGUUUUCGAACAAUGUUUCAAAAUACCGCAAGUUUUACACAAAUCGUCAAAGGUCAUUCUAGUAUACUAAGAAAACUUGUUGUAUCAGAUAUAUUGCAGACUACCGGUAUACAAGUAGACGAGGAAGGAAGCAUAGCAUAUGCUGCCACAGAUGUGAUAGUUGGUAAUAAAAUUGGCGUACCUGACAGCACUUUUAACGCAAGUCAUCCUUUCUUAUUUUUCUUACAAGAAGACAAGGAAGGUACAGUAUUCUUUGUAGGAAAAAUAGAAAAUCCAUUGCAACAAGAACUGGAAAUACGAAGGAAUAAAAGUGAUGAACAGGAAAUAUAGCAGACGUUUAGUUUGUUGGGUAAAAAUGUUUAAAUGUGUGUCAAAAAUUCGCAUCAAUACGUAAACUUGAAUUUGAUUUUAUUAAUCAGAAAUUGAUGUACUUUUUAAUCGUAAUUUUAAGCUUCUAUACAGGGUCUUUAAAAUAAUAAUAUAUGUUGCUUUAUUUUAUUUACAGAUAUUUAUAGCAAAUGAAGACAUAUAAUUAUUAAUAUUUUAAAUAUUUUUUUAUGUUACUGUUAAAAUUAGAAAUAUAUUUUUUUUCGAUGA